UGAACGACUGGAGAGUCGGCGGGAGCUGCCGCUUGACAGCCGAACGGCGGCUGGGCCUCUCUGGAGCGGGCGAGUGACCAGGCAGGUUCCGACGGGUGGUAGCAGUAGCGAUUGCGAAGACCGGCGGUUGGACGUGUUCUUCUAGUGAGGGAACGGUGCGGGGGAGCGGGGAUGCGGUUCCCCCCACAACAAGUGGGUCACUUUCUGAUGAGGACUAGAAAGUUCGCGUAUGCGUGUUGAGGGAGAGCGCAUUCCUUCUCCUAGUUUGGAAGAAGUAGGAAGGAUUCAAAAAAUGAUAACUGAAAACCUAGACCAGUUUAUUGAAGAACAAAAAGCCAAGCUGGCACAAGACAAAGCAAAACUUGAAAAUGAUCCUCCUUACAUGGAAAUGCAGAAUAAAAGUUCAGAGAAGCUUUCAGAGACAAGCAAAAUACUAAUAUCCAUGGCUAAAGAAAACAUUCCACCAAAUAAUCAACAGCCUGGUACAGAUGGAUAUGGCUUAAGCUUGCCUCUUGGGGAAGAAUAUGAACAGAAAAAACACAAGUUGAAGGAGGAGCUUCGACAAGACUACAGGCGUUACCUUUCUCAGGGUAUCUCACAGGCAAAAAAGAAGAAAAAAUAUCUUACUUCUGGUGAAGUUGAUCCAUAUACUCAGGGGUUGUCUCUUCCUAUUGGUGACAGAAGGUCUGCUAAGGACAGAUUAAGACUUGAAAGAAACAAGGAGUACAAUCAAUAUCUCAGGGAAAAGGAAGAAUGGAAUGAAAGGUUAAGAAGAAUAGGAAAGAAACACGCAGAGCAUGACAAAGAUAAGCACCAAAAAGUCUUUGUUGCUACUGGCAUUCAGUCAGAACUACAUACUCCAAAUAUACCAGCAAGAAGAGAUGAAGAAUCUUUCAGAAAAGAUGCCUGUACAUCCACAGAGACAUAUGAAGGAGUCUCAAAUAUGAGACAACUAGUAGACCAGCAUUACAAACCAAAUAAUGAAAUUGGAUGUGGGGACAGCUUACUGCAUGAAAAACUAGCUGAAAGAUUGAACAUUUCUAAUAGAAAGCACCAAAGGCCAGAUGAUAAACCUGAUACCUCCAGGAGAAGGCAUGCUAGGUUUGAUGAGGGUAAUGAUCCUGAAAUAAAUGAUGAAAUGGAUCCCAGGUUUCGAUAUGAAAGUGAUUAUGAUAAGAAGCCACUUCGAGUCUUUCAUACUCAAAGAAAUCCUACUAAUGAGCACGCACAGUCUGGUGCUGGUAGUGUUUCAUAUGCAACAGGACUAAUACUUGGAGGUCAAGAUAGAGAACUUCUUCAGAGAAGAAAAGAACAAUAUCGACAAGACUUAAUGGAGCAAAUUGCUGAGCAACAGAGAAAUAAGAGACGUGAAAAGGAGCUUGAGCUCCCAGUUGCUGCAUCUGGAGCUUUAGACCCUGAGAAAAAGCUAAGUGAAGAAAAGCCUGACAGACUAAAAGGGUUGGGAUUAACACCCCGAUUACCUGAAGAGAAACUACCACCAGAAAGACCAAGACCAGCGUUUCAGACACCUACACCUGGACCUACCUCCAUAUCUGCACCUCCUGUCUCACCAGUGAAUGAAUAUUUUCACAGAGGAUUGUCUACUACUCUUGGAGAAAUGUUAGCUCCCCGAAUCCAAACAUUACCACCAGCACCAGCACCACUGCCACCACCAAUUUUGGCUGACAAUUACAGAACUCCAUAUGAUGAUGCAUACUACUUCUAUGGUGCCAGGAAUCCUUUGGAUCCCAGCCUUGCAUACUAUGGCAUAGGCAUGAUGGGGGCACAGGCUUCAUCUGCACCUCCACCUGUUGAUAUUGUUCAAAGACCUGAUGUGACUAUGAGUAAAACUGCAAGGAUUACAAAUGAUAGGUCAAGAGGUCUAGCAAUAUUUCCUGAAGAAAAAACAAAGCCCAUAAAAGAGACUACUUUAGCUUAUCAACAGGAAUUACAACAGCAGAUAAGGGAAAGAGAAGAACGUCGCAGGCAAGAAAAGGAGGAAAAGGAACGGUAUGAAGCCAAGUUAGAAGCUGAAAUGAGAAAAUAUAAUCCUUGGGGAAAAGGAGGUGGAGGUGCUCCUCUCAGAGAUAAAAAUGGAAAUCUCAUAACUGACUUGAAAAUGAUGCACAAGCAAAAUGAAGAUGCAUAUCAUAAUCCAGAUGCACAAGCACACGAAGAUAAAAGGGCUAUAAUAUCUGUUGACCUAAGUUUGGCCUCCCCGAAACUUGAAAAUACAGAUGAAUCUACAAAUAAAAUAGCAGGUUUUACAUAUGCACAAACAUCCCCAUAUGCUCGUGGUAAUGUUUUUGGUGAGGCCCCAACACCAGAACAGCUUAGGCGACAAGAAUCAUACAAGAACUUCCUUCGUUUUCAGAUAGAGGAAAAAAGAAAGAGAGAAGAAGAAGAGCGUGAAAGACGAAGACUUGAAGAAGAAAGGGAAGAAAGACGGUUAGCAGAGCAGAGGGCUAGAAUACAAAGAGAAUAUGAUGAAGAAUUGGAAAAGAGGAGAAGGAAAGAGGAGGAGCAAAGAUUAAAAAAUGAAGAACUGUAUCGAUUAGCCGAAGAAAGGAGAAAAGAGGCAGAAAGAAAAAGGAUAGAAGAAGAACAAAGGCAGGAUAAACAGGAUUAUGAAACUCAAAAACAUAUGAUCAUGGAAGAAAAGAUAUCUAGACAGCCUUCUCCUCUCAUUCCACCUCUUCAGAACAAAGCAUUGGUAAAAGAAGAAAAGUCACUUUUGGUGGAGAGCCGCAUGUCUUAUUACACUCAUGAUCUUCCCAGAGUUCAAUCUCCUCCAGUCCCAGCUAGAAGAAACCAACUCCGUGCAUAUGAAGAAAGGAAGGAUGUAAUAAAUGAGCUGUCAGAGAUGAGGAAGCAGCUCCGUAGUGAAGAGCAGCGUCUACAGGAGCAAUUGUUGAAAGUACAUAGUGAUGAUGAUGACAUGCCAGCAAAAGGCAGGAGGAAAGAGAAAUACAACAUGGAUAUAUUUGAGAUGGCUAGACUUCGCAUGCAAGCUCCAGUCAGGCGACCAUCAUCAAAGGAUGUUGCUGAUCCUGUCAAUGUACAGAAUAUCCGUGAAUUUAAUGAACUUAAAUACAAAGAUUCAGAUACACGAGUAGAAACAAGAUGCAUGUAUCCUGAUCCUCCUACCAAUAAUGAUACCUUGGACAUUCAGCAACAGGCAUUGCUAAGGGAGCAAAAAAAGAAAUUAAAAAAAAUGAGGAGAAAUUCUGAAACUGUUCGAGAUUUUGAUGAUCCAGUGUCUGGCUUUAAAUCAAGAGACAGGGUAAUGGUCAGAGAUGAUGAGUCAAAUGAGUAUAUGAAGAGCUCACUCUUGGAAUCUGAUAGUGCUUUUAUUAGUACUGAUGGUGAAGCCUUUCCUACUUUAGAAGAAAACAACUUCAACAUGGCUAGAACAUCCCCUCCACCACCUGUAUCUGCAAGGGAAAGGAGGCGAGAGAAGAAAAAGGAUGAUGUCCCCCUUAGGGUGACUCCACCUCUACAAUCAGAUAACAGCUCUCUGUACUCAACUUCUAGUCUCAAUAUAGAUCAUCUGAAAGCCCUAAAUGAAGAGCGACUGCAAAGACUAAAUGAACUACAAAAGAAGGACAGCCAUAUAGUUAAUCAUAUUUCACUGGGACAUGAUAACAAUAUCCUGAAGGAAUUGCCAUCAAAAGGUGACAGACGAUCCAAUUCUGUUGACACGGUGGCAACUGAACCAUGGCUGAGACCUGGGACAUCAGAAACCCUUCAACAUGGCUGAGCAGUCAAGUCAAGCAAAAGUUACCUCUGAUGAGAAGAACUUACCUUUCAAUUGGCAGGGGCUAUCAACUGCCCAUGGCUGAAUAAAUCUGCAGUGAAGCCAGUUGUGCCUUUUAAAAGAAUGUUUAGUCACUACUGCACUUUUAAUUGUCUUCAAUGUUAAUAAUGUAACAAAUCUUGUAAACAGGUAAACAAGCUGAUUAUGGUGAGUGCCUCUAAAGUUAAGCUGCCAGGAUGUUACUGAUAAGACCCACAUGUGGAAGUGGACCUCCUGCAGCAGGUCACCAUCAGGUUAGACCUAAGCACACAAUUACUCAGCUAGUUCAAUGGCACAGAGGCAAACUUUACACUUUUGGUAUUUUUUUGUUUGACAGAUUACCUCAGACCUCAAGUACUACCACUACAAGAUUGAGAAACAUCCUGAGUUUAACAGAGCUGAGAACUGUUGCUUCGGUUUCUCAGAUAUGUAGUAGAAUGUUAGGGAUCGGCAUAGGACUUUUGCUACUUUACUAUCACAUAAUCAUUUUCCAAUCAUUUGUCCUAAAAUGUGAGAUUAUUCUGCCUUGUGUUUUUGAUGUCAGUAGUGAACACUACUGUGAAAUGUAUUUAUGGUUUUGAUUUUAAGAUAAUAAAAUAAAAUAUAUUUUAUUAAAA